AUGAAAGUAGAUAUAAUUUCAAAAUUGAACUUUGGAAAAAUUACUAACAUGUUCGUUGUUAAGUAUGUUAUUCACCUGAGGAAAAGUUCCCCCACGAGUGGGCCUGCUGGGGGGGGAGAAGAAGAAUAUUUUCCUGGAGGAGGAUCAUCACAGAAGAGGAACAUUCAUGCCGAGGAAAAGUCACGAAGGGAUGAGGAGGAUGCUUCCCCCUUCAAUAAUGACCAGGUCAAUGAGAAGCAAUUUAUGCGAAACCACAUUUUCAACACACAAGGUAAAGAAAAAGGAAAGAAGCCAUUACACUUUCAAGCAUUCGCUUACCUAAAUGAAAAAAACAGUGUAGAAAUAAAAGACAUUAAUUUGUGCUUUUUGAAUAAGUACUACUUCCAAAACGAAAACGAAAUUGAUGUUUUGAAUUAUGCAAAUUCUAUAUACUUUCACAUUUUUAUCAUUUGUUUGUCGUAUGGGUUUCACACCAAGGUGGUCGGUGUGUGUAGGGAGACCCCGGGGGUCAGGGCAGACAGGAGCAACCGGCGCGGGGUUUCAAGGGAGGCCACUUCAAAUUGGGGUGAACAUGCGUACGGUCGGAGGAAGAACCGUCACCACCGCCACCACAAUCAUAACGGUAACCAGGAUCGCGAUUGUCGUGAUGUGAAUGAGGACGACGACGACGAUGAUGAUCACGAUGCGCCGGCCAACCACACAAAUGAAUACUUCCCAAACGAGUAUCUCUUUGGUUGUGGAGGAGCGCCCUCAAACAACCACAACGAAAUAUGCCUCUGUGAAUAUAAAGAUGUAGACAUCGACCUGACCAGCAACACUAUAUAUUUUAAUGUGUUAAAGAAUUUUCCAUACGUCGUGCAAGUAACCAAUACACACAUCAAUCUGCUUUGCUGUUUAUCACUGAAGAUGGUGUAUCAGUUGGAGAAGGAUUACAUUUUUAAGUUUUUCUUAUACAAGGAUUAUUUGUAUGUUUAUUGUGACAGGGGUAUCGAGGUGUACUCUGUUGAGGACAAGUACCUGCAGUUUCUGCACACCCACGAAGUGACACAAACGAUUAGCUCCUUCGUGGUGUAUAAAAGUUUGAUGGCCUGUGUGGUUAACAGUAGGGAAGUGGCCCUGUUUAACAUAGACCAUGGGGCGCUCGAGCGGGUUAGAAGUGCGGCUCGGAUUUGUGUAGCGGAAUGCACGACGCUUAAGGAGGAGGACAAAAAAAAAAACCCUAACAACGAUGAGAAGGGGAACGGCAGGGACAUCUUCGUCCAGGCGAACCUCUACACCCCCUCGAUGGACUACUUCGUCUUCAUAUCAGAUGUGCAAGUGGUAGAGCUUAAUGACAAUGUUUACCUCUUUAUUGGGUAUAGUAGCGGGGUCGUGGAAUAUUUUCUGCUCUGCGCGGAUAGGAGGGGGGCGCAGGAGGAUCAAGUGGACGAUCAGUCCGGAGCGGGGGCAGGCAAAGAGGGAAUGGAAGCGAAGAACCAACUCGCACACGAGAAGCGACCAUUACAUACACGCCGAACCCAUGACAACUUGUUCAGGCUCCACAAGUCCUACUUGAAAAAGAAGGAAGAAACGUUGCGAUGCAUUUACCGCGACGAACUCAUUAACAGGCAGAAGCAACCAACGCACAGUUAUAAAAUAAAAAUUACGGACACCAUGCAUAAACAAAAAAAGGAAAAAAAAUACAAAAGAGAUUUAAUUAGGUACAUGUCGGAAACACAUGCAAAUGUAUUUCCAUAUUUCAACCGAGAGAAGAAUGUGUUCACAAAUUUGUCUGGCCUACAUAGCUUAUGUGUUAGAGACCAGGGGGAUGAAGUUUUGUUCGACUAUGAUUUAUUUCAUAAUGCGCAUCCUGAAUCUGAUUCAUUUGUGGGUAUGGAUGCCAUUUUACAAGGGCGCCACUCAGGGAGGGUCACACGUGAAAAGGCCGAAUCCGAUACAGGCAGAGCUGUGCAGGGGCAGGGUGGAAGCAUCGAACAACAAAAUGAGGAUGACCCUCCUGACGAUGCGGACGAGUGGAGCGAAUGCAGCCAGUACGUUAAAUGCCCAGGCAUACCAUCCCGGUUAACCAACAAGCCGUUUAAGAAAAACCGAAAUGGGAAAAGCAAUCACAAACAAAUGAGUCUCCACCGGAAAAAGGCCAAAUAUUAUUUUCAAUUUUUUCAAAUUUAUGGCAUGUCGUCUGAAGAAUCAUCUGAUGAAGACGUCUUGAACUUUCGCACCUUCGAAAUGCUAGACGCAAAAAUGAAGCAGACGAGGAAGGUACCUCACGCUAGGGAUAAUGUAAAUUGUGGAAGCAGUUACUGCGAUGGUAAAAGUAGCAGAAGCAGCAAGUAUAUCUUUCGUGACGAUGUGCGUAGUUGUGAUGGGGGUGUGCGGAAUCAUGUAGGAGGGAAGCACAAACCAUUGAAGAAAAAAACUCCCAAUCUCCCAAGCGCGUCCUCCGACUCUAACGGAGGUGGCAGCUGUGUAUCCACUUUAACAGUGAGGAAUGCCGUCAACUUGAACCACGAAAUGGGUAGCGACCAUUGGCCCUCCGCCCCGACCCAUGAUGGAAGAAGGAGAUCCUCCCACGGGGAGGCGAAGCGGAAGGUUCCCAGGAUUUCUAGCGCAGUGGACGAAAUGAGUGAGAGUGACGUAGAAGGGAAAGGGGGAAAGGACGAGCAGCAGCAGCAGCAGGAUGAGGCGAUCUCCCACGAUGAGCAGUCGGAUUGCCGCUCCCGCGACGCGCCCCUCAAAAAGGACAUAAAUAACAAGGAGUACCUGCUAGAAAAAAUGAAGAAGAACAAAACGAAUUUAACGAGAAAGGAACUCAAGCAAAUGAAAGAAAAGGAAGAAAUCCUAAGUGAUAUCUUCCAAAGGAAAAUAAAAAAACAAUACAACGAUGUCUAUGUCCGAGAAAAACAAAUGGGUUCAGGAAAAUAUAGUGAUGUAGAUGCACAAGUAGAUGCAGAAAUAUCAUCAGAUGCAUCUGUGUGUUUUAAAAACCUCAACAACAUUCUCUUUGAUGAAAAAGUAUAUCUAAAAAAGUACGUAGUCCAAAGUGAAAAAAUAUUAUUAACAAAAAGGAGAAAAAUUUCCACAUGUACAAAAAGCCCAGUGAAAUUUAAAACCUUUUUAAAAGUGGAUUCAGAAAAAAAUAAAAUUGAUAUUAACAUGAGCAAGGUUACGAAAAAGUAUAAUUUUCUCUUCGUCUGUUGUGAUAACCCUAUUAUUAUUUAUUCUACACUGAAGAAAAAAAUCUCCACCUCAAAGCUGUCUAUUAGAAAUGUACUCCUCGUGGAUAUGUUUAGCGAUUUCAAUUAUCUUAACCCCUUCCACAAUUUCUUAUCAUUUAAAAAAAAAAACCAAAACAACUCCUAUUUUAUUUUUUUCGAUGGACACAAAAUAUGCAUUUCGUAUUUAAACGAGAUAAAGAAGACGUUCAUGGAACGAAUUCCCUUCCAUAGGACCGUUGAAAAAAUUGCCUACCACGCUGACACAGGUUUGCUGAUCACAGCUUGCCCUGUUGAAGAGAAACACAAAACCAACCAGAUGAUGAAGCAAAUUGUCUGCUUCUUUGACCCUUUCCAAAACUCGUUCAAGUACACCUAUAUCAUUCCCUCUAAGUUUAGCGUCUCUAGUAUAUGCAUUUAUGAAUUGGCGCCUAGCCCUUCCCCGGGUGGAGGUCGUCACUCGUUGGAUGAUGCGAACCGAGCAAGCAGCCCCCCCGUGCGCACACUCAUUUGCGUGGGCACGGCCAACAAUAACGAGCGCAUCACGGAGCCCUCCUCCGGGCACAUCUACGUCUUCGUCGCCAAGAAAAAAACCAACCAGUUUGAAAUAAAGCACAUUUACACCUACAACGUCAAUUGUGGAGGGAUCACCCACUUGAAGCAGUUCCACGAUAAAAUCGUCGCGGCGGUGAACAACACGGUCGUCAUCCUCGAUAUCGGAAAUUUUCUGACCAACCUAGGCUCAUACAUCUACAACACGAGCAAAGCCAUUAAAAUGGAAAGUAACGAUGCCUUCCUGGAGGUGGCCUCCUUUACGCCGAGCUCCUGGAUUAUGAGCCUGGACGUUGUAAAUAACUACAUCGUCGUGGGCGACAUCAUGACGUCAGUGACCCUCCUGUCUUACGAUUUCGAAAAUGCCAUUCUGAACGAAGUGUGUAGGGACUACGCGAACAUUUGGUGCACAUCGGUGAGUGCCCUGUCACAGAACCAUUUUCUAGUCUCAGACAUGGAGUCCAACUUCCUCGUUUUGCAAAAGUCAAACAUUAAAUUCAACGACGAAGAGUCUUUCAAGCUAUCGUUGGUUUCACAAUUCAACCACGGGAGCGUCGUCAACAAAAUGUGUUCGACGUCCUUGAAGAAUCUGGUCGACGAUGAGGAGCACAGAAACGAAAUCGUACAGAAGGAGCAGAGCAUCUUAUGUGCCUCCAGCGAAGGCUCCAUCAGCGCCCUCAUCCCAUUUUCCAACUUCGUACAAUUUAAAAGAGCCCUCUGUAUCGAACUUGCUAUCAACGACAAUAUUUCGUCCCUGGGGAAUUUGAGCCACAGCUCUUACCGAGAGUACAAAGUCAGCUUGGCCUCCAAAAAUUGUAAAGGUGUAGUGGAUGGCGAACUCUUUAAGAUGUUUUUUUACUUGCCCUUCGAGCGACAGCUGAAGACGUACAUUUACGCCAAGUGGAUCGCCAAAAAGUUGAAUUGCAAACUCGGGAGCUUCGAACACUUUAUGCUGGACAUAGAAAAUCUGUGUGGCCUUUUAUGA